CUCUUCUCUGCCCCACAGGUCUAACGAGGAAGAGCUGAGGAUGAAGAGGAUGGAUGAUAAUACCCCUGCUGUCGCAGAGCAUCCUGAUGUCCAGCAGUCAGUAGGUCCCCUGGUGGCUCCCACCCCUCUCCGUCCAUGGCCACAGAUGACACUUCAGGUUUCUGAAGUCACAGUGACUGGCAAACUCUCAGAGGAAGGUGACAUCCCUAGAAACAGUCCACCUAUGGCUUUCACAGAGGUCCCCCAGACACCAGCCAUCAGGAUUCCCCCCUCCUCCUUUCUCUGUGGCCUGGGUGGCUCCCCCAGAGACCAGGCCUCUGGGCCGGAUGCAAGUGAGGGGGCAGCUGGGCCUCUCCUGGAACCUAGUCAGCAACAGGUAGAGGCUGCGUGGGAAGUAUCCAGCGAGAAUGGAGGGGGCCGAAAGGACCCCAUGGUAGGGGCUACUAUGGAUGAGCCACCCAAGGGUUUGGAGGUCAUGAGUGGGUUGGAAGAGCUGCUUGGCGAGGACUCCAUUGACCAGGAGCUGGAACAGCUCUACCUGUCCCACCUGAGCCGCCUGCGGGCUGCUGUGGCUGCAGGUGGGGCAGGAAAUGGUGGGGAGGGCUCCACAGAUGGGGGGGUGUCCCCCAGCCAUCCCCUGGGCAUACUCACGGACCGAGACCUGAUCUUGAAGUGGCCUGGACCUGAGCGGGCCCUGAACAGUGCCCUGGCGGAGGAGAUCACACUACACUAUGCCCGGCUGGGGCGAGGUGUAGAGCUUAUCAAGGACACUGAGGACCCUGAUGAGGAGGGAGAGGGUGAAGAGGGGCUCUCUAUGAUACCCUCUAGCCCAGAAGGGGACACCCCCAAGGAAUCACCUCCGGAAAUCCUCUCUGGGGCCCAUUCUGGGGUAGCCACUGUGGGAGAUGUGUGGCUCCCAUGGGCAGAGGGCUCAGGAUGUGACAGUCCUGUGGUUCUGGGUACGGAGGGUCAGUUCACUGGGGCUCCAGAGAAGGGGAUGUGCAAGGACACUGACUCUUUGCACAUGAAUAGGGUGAUAUCUGGGGUCACUGGGUUCCCAGGAGGGACAGAAUCCUGGAUGGAGUCCACCACUGAGUGGGCAGACAGCUUGGUUCCUAUAUCUGGCAAGGAGCCAGCUGGUCCAGUCCUGCAGGGGCAAAAUCUCACCCUCCUUGGUACCUUGGGGGCUGAAAUCUGUCCUACCAGCCUGGUCAUGUCCCAUGUGAGCUCCCAGGAUGAAGAAGGUUCAGGCCUAAACCUUGAGUCCCCAAAGAAGUCUCCUGCCCUAGCAGCCACUGAAGAAUGUGUGUGUGUGUUGCCUCCCCAGCUCUGGGAGCCCUUGACCCAGACUCUGGGGGUCCUGGCUGGCCUGGUGGUGGUCCCAGUGGCUCUGAACAGUGGUAUGUCCCUCCUGGUGCUUGUGCUGUGCCUCUCUCUGGCCUGGUUCUCGUAGGAGCUGCUUGUGGGACCAGCAAUAAUGAGUGUCCUCCUCUCUGGGGUCUGGGGAGGGGUAGCCCCUGCACCACCCCCAGAGAGUUCAGAUGGGACAUGUGGCCUGUACAGUGAGUGAAUCCUUUACUUCUGAGAAUGCUCGACUGGUGAGAGGCCUCCCUGUCCCUGAGCUCUCCAGUCAGCACAGAGCUCCUGUGUUGAUACCAGUGGAGAGGAGCAGGGGAUGGGUGGAUAGUGGGAAUGAGAACUUUCAGAAUGGAACUGGGCAUGUCCUCCCUUCUCCCCUCCCCCUGAGCCUGUAUUUAUUUUUGUAUAAUUCUCUGGACGAGGGAGAGUGGUCGUGAGCUGGUCUUGGGGCACAAUUACCCAGAGAUAUAUUUAUUAACAGCCAACCUGUGCAACCUGCUGGAGCUUUAUUUUUAAUUUAAUUUAUAUAGAGUACCUAUUAUUAUAUGCCACAAUAGAGCUCUAUGAUAAAUGA